AUGUAUGGAAAGCCCUUUCCUAAUUCGAAAACAUACGAGUCGUUAUUUAGAGCGUCUGGAUUUAUCGGUCUUCCCGUUGCUCAGGCGUUCGUCCGUGCAGGACACGUCGUCUAUGGCCUUACCCGCUCCCAAGCCAAAGCAAAACUGUUUUCUGUCGAAGAAAUCAUCCCAGUUAUCGGUGAACUCGACAAGCCUGAGUCCUGGCUCCAACUCAUCCCUACCCUUGACGGCGUCAUCGACUUGGUAGGAGGUUCGGCAGACAUCCGAACCCUCUCUAAAGCUCUCCUCGAAACCAUCUCCAAUGCCGCCAAGUCCACUCGUCCUGCAUACGCCCCAAAGCUGACGUACAUCUACACGUCCGGAACGUGGGUGCACGGCGAGGACCGCGUUAAUCUCGUCACUGACUCUACCCCAUGUAACAAUCCUGCUGAACUCGUGGCGUGGCGAGUUGAACAGGAGCAGAGGGUCAUCAAGGACCCAGUUCUCAAUGGCAUUGUCAUUCGACCUGCUUUGUUAUAUGGCAAAUCAGGGUCGCUUUUUACACCACUGUUCAAGUCGGCGAGUGAGGGCAAGGUUGCAUGGUACGGAAGGCCAGGUGGACGAUACGCACUCAUCCACUGCGACGAUGCUGCGGAUCUGUUCCUGAGAGCAGCUGAGAAGGCGCAAAUCAUUGGUGGGAAUAUCUUUGAUGGCGCUAACGAGAUAACAGAGUCUGUGGACGAUUUUUUGCAAAGGUUGGUGGAGGUUUCGGGUGCCAAGGGACCAUAUGAGUAUAUCCCACCUUCAAACCUGUAUGAGACUGCUCUCUCGACUACGUCCCUUAUACGCCCAUACCUUGCUCGUGCCCUUCUUGGAUGGCGACCUUUAAAAGCGGGUUUAACUGAUGGACUGCCCACUUACUAUGCCGCGUAUUUAGCUUCCACGGCGCAGUAA